AUUUGGGCCCAUCCCGACCCGAACAGCGAGCGGAGAGCGCGUGCGAGGCGGAGGCGGAGACGGAGACGGGGCCGGAGAAGAGACCGCUUCAAACUUCAAUGGCAACGCCACCAUUUUUUCCGACCGACUAAAUAAAGGGUUUGCUUUUGAUGUUUCGUGUCAGAUUGUGAUUGGCGGAUUGCUCGUUGGAUGCUUCAGGUCUUCAGUGGAAGAUCUGAGUAGCGUACAGAGGAAGUUAGGAGAGGUGGAGGGAGGGGGGAAUUGUAGGGCGCCUGAAAAUGAGUGCUUCAAGGUUUGUAAAGUGCGUGACGGUGGGCGAUGGUGCCGUUGGCAAGACCUGUCUCUUGAUAUCCUACACCAGCAACACUUUCCCCACGGAUUAUGUGCCUACUGUAUUUGAUAAUUUCAGUGCAAAUGUGGAUGUUAAUGGAGCCACUGUUAACCUUGGCUUGUGGGAUACUGCUGGCCAGGAGGACUACAACAGAUUAAGACCUCUGAGCUAUCGCGGUGCUGAUGUUUUCAUUUUGGCAUUUUCUCUUAUUAGCAAGGCCAGUUAUGAAAAUGUUUCAAAGAAGUGGAUUCCUGAACUGAAGCAUUACGCCCCAGGUGUUCCAAUUGUUCUUGUUGGCACAAAAAUUGACCUUCGAGAUGACAGUGAGUUCCUUAGUGAGCAUCCAAGUGCUGUACCAAUCACUAAUGCACAGGGCGAGGAGCUGAGAAAGAUGAUUGAUUCACCUUAUUACAUUGAAUGCAGUGCAAAAACACAGCAGAAUGUUAAGCAAGUUUUUGAUGCUGCCAUAAAAGUCGUGCUCCAGCCUCCCAAACAAAAGAAAAAGAAGAACAAGUCUCAGAAGGCCUGCUCCAUUCUAUGAUAUGAUCACAACAGUAAGCAUAAAAAUGAAAUCUAUCCACCCGUCAUUAUGCUGUUUCUCUCCGUUUCUUCUCCCUCGAUUCUUUCACACAUGAUGUAGGAGCAUCCCUGACAUGCUUUUAUUAAGGGUAGCCACUGAUCUAUAUUUCUGGGACUAUUAGCGACUAGAAUUGUGUUGUUGAAGUCGUGAUCUAGGUUAAUACUUUCUUUGUGCUCUCUGCUUAGAGUCUACUUUAUGUAUUCAUUGAUUAAUCCAACACGUGAUGUUUUUAUUUUUUCCUUUUUUUUUUUUUUUGGCUGCGGUCAAUGGUUCUCCUAAGAACACUUCUACACUUUGAUAUGAUGCUGUUUUUAAUUCCACAAACGAUUUUCGUUUACCA